CUUCAGAGAAUCAGAGAAGAAAGAAUCAAAGCUGUGCUUUCUUUUUCUAUUGCAAUUGUAGUUUGGUUUCUACUACUUUUUUGUCUUUGCCGCCUGUACAAAGACCUUCUUCUCUUUGUAACUCCAUUUGAUCUUACAGCAUGGGUUCCACUAAUGUUGAGCAAGACAUGCUCGACCUCAAAAAGUCGUUGCAGGAUGCUCAAACUAAAGGAAACGCAUCGCAAAUCAUCAGUCUUUUAAAGCAACUCAGCAAGUUUACUGUAACGCCUGCUCUUCUUCGGAAAACUGAAAUGGGUCUUUUCGUCAAUAAAAUGAAAACUCAUGAAAAUUCAGAAGUAUCUAGGAUGGCCAAGGAUAUUGUCAAGAGUUGGAAGGCACAGGUUAUGAAGGACACUCCAUCAUCGACAGCUUCCACUGCUUCAACCAAGUCCGAAAGCACUACAUCAUCAUCAAAGCCCAAAGUAGAUACAAAGCCUUCGCCCGCUCAAAUUCAAAAUCCAUCAAGGGAGGGAUCUUCAACAGCAAGCUCACCAAGGACACCGACGGAUACACCCAGAAGUCGUACAGUUCGAACGGAUGGUAUGCGUAUUAAAACGACAGGAGAUGAUGUUCGUGAUAAGUGUAUUGAGAUGCUUUAUGAAGCUCUCGGAUUCAAUUCCAAUGCAGAGUCAGAACGUUUGCUUUCAAAGGCCACUAGUAUUGAGGCGACUGUGUUCAAGAAGCUCUCAGUAGAUAAUAAGCCUAGCAAAGACUAUAAGUCUAAGAUCCGAACCUUCUUUAUGAACUUGAAAGAUAAGAACAAUCCAAAGUUGCGUGAAGCUGUGGUAGAUGGAGAUGUGGCAGUGGAGGACUUUUGUGAAUAUACGACUCAGGAUAUGGCUUCUGCUGAGGCCAAGGCGCGUGAUCGAGCGAUCGAAAUAGAAAAUAUGAAGAAUGCCAAAGGAGCAGAGGAACAACAGGCAGAGACGGACAUGUUCAAGUGUGGCAAGUGCAAGGGAAGGAAGACUCGUUAUUAUCAGAUGCAAACUCGGUCAGCUGAUGAACCGAUGACAACUUUUGUGACAUGUAUUAAUUGUGGUAACCGCUGGAAGUUUUCAUAAAACAAAGAAGGAAAAACCCCUUCAAGACCAACCCCCAGACGCGACCUCCCAUUUCUCUCUGAUUAUUUGAUGAUCGUUUUCAUUCUUUUUUGUUUUUUAUUUUUUUUAUUGAUCGAUCGGAUAAUAUAGCUCUAAUAAAAGGG